AGCUCUGGAAAUCGGUGCAGUUUAUUGCGAACGAUAGUGGCAAAAUGAGGGUUUUAGUGUUGCUCCUGUGCCUCUGGCAAGUUUCUGGGAUUUACAGUGAUCUCGAUUGGUGGAGAACCGCCAAUGUGUAUCAGAUCUACCCCAGAUCCUACAAGGACUCCGAUGGCGAUGGCACUGGCGAUCUCAAUGGCAUCACCGAGCGUCUGCCCUAUCUGAAGUCCCUGGGGAUUCAUGCCAUUUGGCUAUCGCCCAUCUUCGUGUCGCCGAUGAAGGACUUUGGCUACGACAUUGCGAACUUUGAGGACAUUGAUCCCAUUUUUGGGAACAUGCAAGACCUUGAGAAUCUCGUGAAAAUCGCCCAUGAACUCGGGAUUAAAGUCCUGCUAGACUUUGUGCCCAAUCACUCGAGUGAUCAGCAUCAGUGGUUCAUAGAUUCGGCUAAUAAUGUGGAUGAAUUCAAGGAUUACUACAUGUGGCAUCCGGGAAAGACUGAUCCAGAUAAUGCCGAAAAGAAAAUCCCUCCAAAUAACUGGCUUAGCGCUUUUCGCGGAAGUGCCUGGCAAUGGAAUGAGGCCAGAGGAGAAUUCUAUCUUCACCAGUUUGCCGCUGGCCAGCCUGAUCUGAACUACAGGAACCCAAAGGUGGUGGACGCAAUGAAGAAUGUCCUGAGAUUCUGGCUGCAAAAGGGCGUGGAUGGAUUCCGAGUGGAUGCAGUUCCUCAUCUCUUCGAAGUCCCCCAGGAAAAUGGUGCCUAUCCUGAUGAGCCUCCAAGUGGUAAUACAGAUGACAAGGAGGAUCACGCGUAUCUCAAGCACAUCUACACGAUGGACUUGCCAGAAACUGUUCAGAUGGUGUAUCAGUGGCGUGAAGUUCUGGAUGAAUUUACGAAAGAGGAUGGAAAUACUCGCCUGAUGCUCACUGAAGCAUAUUCCGACAUCAACAUCCUUAUGAGUUACUAUGGCGAUGGAAAGAAGAAUGGAUCUCAGGUUCCGUUCAACUUCUACCUUAUCAUGCAUCUCAAUAACGACUCCAAUGCCCUUGAUUUCAACGAGAACAUCCGCAUUUGGCUGGACAAUUUGCCGGCGGGAUGCGAAGCCAAUUGGGUGCUUGGAAAUCACGAUCAGAGGCGCAUCGGCUCGAGAUUCGGAACUCACCGCAUUGAUGGCAUCAAUAUGAUCCUCAACACAUUACCAGGGAUCAGCAUUACGUACCAAGGCGAGGAGAUUGGAAUGACGGACGUUUUCCUGACGUGGGAAGAGACUGUUGAUCCCGCGGGAUGCAACGCUGGCAAAGAUAAGUAUGAUCUCUUCUCCAGAGAUCCUGCCCGCACCCCAUUCCAGUGGGAUGACUCCACGAGUGCUGGAUUCUCCACGAAUCCCAAGACUUGGCUUCCUGUGUCUCCUCUGUACAAGGACGUCAACGUUGGGAAGGAGAGAUCGGCGCAGAGGAGUCAUCUGAAAGUCUAUAAGCAGCUGCUGCGCCUCAGGACAACCCAAACGCUGAAGAGAGGAUCGAUUGAGACCAAGACUGAGGGCGAGAACGUCUUGAUCAUCACCAGAAGGCUUCCUGGCUUCGACACUUUCUUCACAAUCGUCAACAUUGGCUCUGAAAGAGAGGCUGUGGACGUUCGAGGACUCUUCUCAGGACGCCUGACCGUUGAAAUUGCUUCCGUGGCGUCCGAGAGACAAUCUGGGGAAACUUUGAGAAGUCCCACUCUUUGGCUGGAGCCUCACGAAGCCCUGAUCAUCAGAGGAUCAGCUGGAGCUUCUUACUCCGUCUAUCUAAUGAACAAUGAAGUGUAAAUCAUAAACAACUUUAUAUCUUA